UGUCAGUGUUGCAAAACGUUAAGCAAUAGUGUUGGCGUGGUCAAAAAGAAAACACAAACAAGCGGCGUUGUUUUAGAAAUUUCUGCACACAAUUAAUAAAUAUUUUAAGUAAAAACUAAGUUAUAUUAUUUCAAAAUGUCUUUUAUGAACCCCGUAGAUAUGGUGGAUGAGGAUGCCGCCGACUUACAGUUUCCCAAAGUAAAACUAAAAGCAGAUCAAUUGGAGAUAAUACGACCUGAUGUCCAAACUAAGAAGAUGGAAAUUUUCUACAAUCCCUUGGCUCUCAACAGGCAAUUGGAGGAUCUGCAUCAGAAACUAAAUACAGAACAAGAACCAAGACUAGAGACGAGUAAGAGCUGUGAGGAUGAUGCCUCAACCAAGUGUUCAGGCUGUCGUUGUUCCUUGUCCGAGCCAUUUAUUAAGUGUGCCGAGUGUUUGGACAUUUACCUAUGCUUGCAAUGUUUUGCCCGUGGUCGGGAAUUGGCCACACAUCGGAAUAAUCAUUCUUAUAUAAUACAACGGGAUGAUAUUCAAAUAUUUCCCGAUCAACCUCAAUGGUUAGCUAACGAUGAGCGGUUGCUCUUGCAAUCACUAAGCUCCCAUGGCUAUGCCAAUUGGGAGGCAAUCUCUCAGUCCCUGGGCAUGCGUUAUAAGCCCGAAGAGGUGCAGCGACAUUACCAUGAUUGCUAUUUUGGUGGAAUUUUUGAACGUUUACUUGGUCUUUCACAUUCUCGUCACUCUUAUUUGCCUGAACGUAUGCCCUAUGUUGUGAAAAUGAAAUCUGUUGAACCACCACGACACGAUGACAUCUCAUCCAUGCUGUUCAAGCUUAAUGCUGGGUAUCGCUUUGCACGUGGUGAUUUUGAUACACCUUAUGACACCUCGGCUGAGAGUCUCUUGACCAUCAUGAUGGAACAGCCGCAGCACAACGAUGAGGACGAAGAAGAGCAAAGUGUCUUAGAGCACGAUCUAAAUGAGGAGUUAAAGUUUGCAUUAGUCAGAGCUUACAACAAUCGCUUGAGAGAACGUCAACGUCGCUAUAGUGUGAUGCGUGACCAUGGUCUCAUCAUGCCCAAUCGCACUGUCAGCUGGAUAUCUAAAUAUGUUGGUGCUUUUCCCAAUGACACAAGUUGCAUGCGCUUUCUGUCCUUUAUGCAAAUUUGCGAACCCACAGAGUUCGAUAAGUUAGUGGAAUCUUUGAGCUAUUGUCAUGACCUGCACACACGGCUGCAUCGUCUUUAUGAACUACGUCAACACGGCAUUCGCACAUUAUCGGGAGGAGUUCUCUAUAAACGCCUUUUAAGAAAACGACAGCAGAUGUUGAAGGACUAUGCUCGUCAGAGGCAAACAACUGCCCAGGAUUGGCAGCAAUUGGUUCAGCAUUAUGAAAACAAUCAGGGGUCAGAACAUCUGCCCUUGGCCAGUAGUUCCAAGAUCUAUGUCCUUAACACACGACGAAAAGCCAGUCCCAUUGAAGUUGAAGAUUUGCCUGGUUUCGCAAAGCUGAGUCCUGACGAACGUCAACUUUGCAGUGUGGCCCGCCUUGUGCCUCAAGCCUAUUUGGACUAUAAGACCCAACUUAUAGCCGAACAGGCAAAAUUAGGUGGACAUUUGCGUCUUGCUGAUGCUCGAAAGCUGAUCAAAAUUGAUGUGAACAAAACUCGACAGAUUUAUGAUUUUCUCGUCGAAAAUGGUCAUCUGAGUCGACCACAAACAUAUGGAUAGACUUAAAUUAGUUCGAGAGUGCCGAGACGUUGCUGAUAUCCGAAGUUCAUAUGCUGCUCGAUCACCGAAAACGACA